UAUCCUCCUGCUUUGCUGCCCCCUCGGCCAGGAAGAGGGGCCAGCAGCGCCCCAGGAAAGCACCCCCAAGCGGGAGGGAAGGAGCAGGGCGGAUAUGUACCAGUUCACGGCUGGGUUACGGUCCUGGGGCCCUGGAAAGCAGGCGCAUUAGGAGCGUGGAGCGUGACGAGCACCCGUGUCCUCUGAUUACUGCCGGCAGGUCAGAUGGGCUCUGCCCGCCGGGCACAGGGGCAGCCGGGGACAAUGGCCGCUCAGAGGAGCCUGCCCAGCUGACAGCCCCGAGGACGUCUCCUGCUGAGCGGGGGAAAUAGCCGUGGAGAGGCAGCGGGGAUAAAUAGAGGCCCGCAGCCCCAGGCACAGCACGGUGUCUCCCCGCGGCUUGCCCCGCAGCAUGGCGUGCCAAGCAGCCGGCGAGGAGCUGCCGCGCCCCCGCGGCGGGGCCAUGCCGCGCCCCUGCUGCAAUGGCUACAGCGAGCUGUUGUCGGCCGAGAUGCGCCGGGCCCUGGUGCAGUAUCGCCCGGAGAAGCGCAGCCGGGAGGAGGCGGCCGAGGGCGGCGAGCUGCCUGCCUUGGAGGACGCCUACCUGAGCAUCCUGGAGGGGCUGGGCGAGAACCCUGCCAGGCAGGGGCUGCUCCAGACGCCCAGGAGGGCUGCCAAAGCCAUGCAGUUUCUCACGAAAGGCUACCAAGAAACCAUCGAGGAUAUACUCAAUGAUGCAAUCUUUGAUGAAGACCAUAAUGAAAUGGUGAUCGUUAAGGAUAUUGAUAUGUUUUCCCUUUGUGAGCACCACUUGGUACCCUUCUUUGGCAAGGUACAUAUUGGAUACUUACCUGUAAAGAAAGUGGUUGGACUAAGCAAGCUUGCAAGAAUUGUUGAAAUCUUUAGUCGAAGACUGCAAGUUCAAGAGCGGCUUACCAGACAGAUCGCUCUGGCAAUUACUGAGGCUCUGAAACCUGCCGGAGUGGCUGUGAUUGUAGAAGCAUCGCACAUGUGCAUGGUUAUGCGAGGGGUUCAGAAAAUGAACAGCAGGACUGUCACCAGCACCAUGCUCGGAGUCUUGCGAGAAGAUCCAAAAACCAGAGAGGAAUUUCUUACACUGAUCAAGAAUUAAAUGGAAACAGCUUCCCACUCACUGUUUGUUGGCUCUAACAGUAAAACCAAUUGCCAGAAACUAAUUACUGUGUGUGAUGCAGGACUGUUUGUAGAGUCUGUGUUUAGAAAUAGCUGUGUGACAGCUUGGUUCUCACUAAUGCCUUGUAAUGUCAUAAAAUAUGUGGGAGAGAAUGAAUGUGCCUAAAUCACAAUUACUGAACUGAAAAGAGAUUAGCUGUUUCCCAAUGCUAACCGUAGAGUGCUAUGGAAAGGUGUUGCUAGAUGGGAGCUAAAACAAGCCACCACCCCCUCAAAAAAAAACAAAAAAACCAAACAAGCCGCCACAGGAAGGUGAAAUUAAGCACAAAAAUCCUGUGGCCUUUAUGACUCAAUCUUCAGCCCCUUUGUGUUCCUGGUAUUAGACAAAGGGGGCAGAAAGCCAGCAAAUCUCCCCAACUGGGGAUUCAUCUGGUGUAAGGGGAUGUCUGGAAGCAUGGAACUGUUGUAAUCUGAUCCUACACCAUCCUCUUCUCUCAUGCACCCUACCCUUGGGGCCAGAAGUAUUGCCAGAUGGGAAGGGGCACAACCACUGUGCUCACCAAUUCCUAUCUGGUGAAUGGCCUUUGGGGGCCAUAGCCAGCUGGGUGUAGCAUGGAGUAGCAGAGAGCCCAAGGCCUGGCUGAUCCCCACAGCCACCAUUAGGGAUAUGAAUGGGAGGCAGACAGUACCCAUGGAUGUGCCACACAAUAGUGUUUCAUUAGAUCUUAGUGACCCAUUAGUGCUGCAUAAUAUCCCAAUACCUCUCACCCACCACAAAGAUCUGUUGUUUAUGGCUAAGUCCCAGUUCAGCUCACUCUAAACCUUGCUUUGAUCCCUUCUGAAGAAAAAGCAGGAGAUGAUAUGGUACUAGGAUUGUUCCUUAAGGUUAUGAUACAAUUUUUGAUACCAUAAUCUGAGUCAAGAAUUGUCUCUGGGAUUGAGUAGUUUUUCAGAUCCCCAUGCACAGAUAAAAGAUCAGCUCUUUUUAAACUGCAGUGUAUGUAUAAUGCUGGAGAGCUGAAUUCUUAUAAAGGCUUGUUAUUAACCCUGCAAUGGAACUGACAUUUGUUUUGAUAGUAAGCCUCAUAGCAUUACUUAAACCAGUCAGAACAAAGAUGUAGCUAUGGAAUUUCCUCCUGGAGAUCAUAAAUAUAGAACACUAGAGGGCCAUUUUCUGCUACCCUUACUGUGCAGUUAGUUCCUUUCAUUUCAAUGGGACCACUCGUGGAGUGAGGCAUUACUACUCAACCUGAGUAGGGUUAGCAGAAUGUGGCCAUAACAGCGUUUUAAAUAAAGGCUUGUUUUCUUUAAAUGCUUUGUCCCCCAUCAGACUGGUGCUCGAUUUUUAAUAUCUACUUUUCAGUGUUGGAAUAAUAUCAUUUUACAGACACUUAAGCAGAUUUUUACCAAAAAAAUCCCAGGUUUUACAGCAAGUAUUUGUUUUCUGAUUUUCACCCUACUUUUGUAUCAUU